CAGCCUCAGAGCCCUCAUCCCGGAGGAGGUGGUUACAUUGUGUCUAUUGUAUCCCUUAGCUGGUGUAUUUGUACAUUUCUCUGGACGUGAAGUUGAGAGUGAAAAGCAUGGCAGAUGAGCAAGAAAUUAUGUGCAAGUUGGAAAGCAUUAAAGAGAUCAGGAACAAAACUUUGCAGAUGGAGAAGAUCAAGGCCCGUCUGAAGGCUGAGUUUGAGGCACUGGAAUCAGAGGAAAGACACCUGAAGGAAUACAAACAAGAGAUGGAUCUCCUGCUACAGGAGAAGAUGGCCCAUGUAGAAGAACUUCGUCUGAUCCAUGCUGACAUCAAUGUGAUGGAGAACACUAUCAAACAGUCUGAAAAUGACUUAAAUAAGCUUCUGGAAUCUACCCGGCGGCUGCAUGAUGAGUAUAAGCCACUGAAGGAGCAUGUGGAUGCUCUCCGAAUGACUCUGGGCCUGCAGAGGCUGCCUGACUUGUGCGAAGAGGAGGAGAAGCUGUCCUUGGAUUACUUUGAGAAGCAGAAAGCAGAGUGGCAGACAGAACCUCAGGAGCCCCCCAUCCCCGAGUCCCUGGCCGCUGCAGCCGCUGCCGCCCAACAACUCCAAGUGGCUAGGAAGCAGGACACUCGGCAGACAGCUACCUUCAGGCAGCAGCCCCCACCUAUGAAGGCCUGUUUGUCAUGUCACCAGCAAAUUCACCGGAACGCACCUAUAUGCCCUCUGUGCAAAGCCAAGAGUCGAUCUCGAAACCCCAAAAAGCCAAAGCGGAAGCAGGAUGAAUGAAGAGAGGGAGAACACGUGGAGCUGUGCUGAUCAGAACCCCUCCCUUUGGCCAGUUAUUGAUGUCCUGAUGUGAAAUAACUUGUUCCCAACCCCACUGAGUCUCCUAUUUAAUGUGAUAGAAGCACAACUCUUCUCUCACUUUGCUGUUAUUUCUUUCUGCUCUUGGGUUUACUAGUUUAGGAGGAAAUGUGGUUCAGGUGCUAAUAAUGGUGUGUCUGAUGAUCCUUUCUGUCUCGUCCACAUUUCCACUUCUGCCACUGGUUGGAGCUGAAGGAAGGGCAAAAGUCCUCAAUGGAAUUCUCUGUCUCCUGUGCCUGGGGCCUAGAGCCUGUAGGACUGAGGGCUGGGAGAGGCCAUCUCCCUGUACUUUUGCCUUAGACUCUGAAGAGACAGUCUUCUUGCUGGACUUUCAACAGGUUGGGUGUAUAUCUUUCACUUUUAGGUUCAUCUCAUCCUUAAGGUCUAGAGGUAGCUUAUACCAACCCUCCUUUGCAUAUUCAUUUGGGAGAUCUGGCUGUCAUUCUGUAGUUUUCCCCACCACAUCUCCUGGGCGUACAAAAUUUCUUGGAGAUCCGGAAUUCUGUAGCUCUUUACUUCAAACCUUUAUCUUUGCAGACCUGCACUCAGAACUCCCCAUGGUGAAAUCAGGAAACCAGACCCACUGUACAAGUACUGCCUAACUCACCACCUAAGUCGCUAUGGAGGAGGACUCUGCUGAGGGACUGCCUUAGGCUGAGACAAACAUUUGUUUUGGCUUUUGGUGUGCACCUCCCCAAUGAUGUAUCAAAGGAGAGGAGUUGAUUUAC